CUUGCAUUACACAAAAUAAACCCAACAGAGGAAAGAAGAUCGAAAACAAAGGGCAGGGAUGAGAAUUAUUGUAAUGACGGCAGAUGAACAGAUCGUCAGCUUAGACGUUGAUCCUCAUGAAACUGUUGAAAAUUUGAAAGCUUUGCUGGAAGUGGAGACAAAUGUGUCAUUACAGCAGCAGCAACUUCUUUAUCAUGGGAGAGAAAUGCAGAAUUCUGAGAAAUUGAGUGCUUUGGGUGUUAAGAAUGAUGAUUUAAUUAUGAUGGUCUCCAGUGCUGGUUCUAGAGCAUCUACUAAUGAUUUGAGCUUCAAUCCCGAUGGAUCUGCUGUGAACCCUGGAGCUUUUCAGCAACAUAUUCGAAGCGAUUCUAAUCUAAUUGGACAAAUAUUUCAGGCUGACCCUGAACUUGCACAAGCUAUUCUUGGGAAUGAUCUCAACAAACUUCAGGACAUCCUACGUACUCGUCAUCGGCAACGAUCAGAAUUACAACAAAAAGAGGAGGAGGAACUUGCUCUUCUUCAGGCUGAUCCUUUUGAUGUUGAAGCACAAAGGAAGAUUGAAGCUGCCAUUCGGCAGAAAGGGAUUGAUGAGAACUGGGCUGCUGCCUUGGAACAUAAUCCUGAAGGUUUUGCAAGGGUGGUUAUGUUGUACGUGGACAUGGAGGUUAAUGGCAUCCCAUUAAAGGCAUUUGUCGAUAGCGGUGCACAGUCAACUAUAAUUUCGAAAAGCUGUGCUGAGCGUUGUGGAUUGCUGAGGCUUUUAGAUCAAAGAUAUAAAGGUAUUGCUCAUGGGGUUGGCCAGUCAGAGAUUCUGGGACGUAUACAUGUUGCUCCAAUCAAGAUUGGAAAUAUGUUUUAUCCAUGCUCCUUCGUGGUUUUGGACUCUCCGAAUAUGGAGUUUCUCUUUGGAUUGGAUAUGCUACGCAAACACCAGUGUAUUAUUGAUUUGAAGGAGAAUGUUCUUAGAGUUGGAGGAGGAGAAGUUUCUGUGCCAUUUUUGCCAGAAAAGGACAUCCCUUCUCAUUACCUUGAUGAAGAAAGGAAUUUGAAGCAAGCAUCCAGCUCAGGAGCUGCUACGAACACUGGAACCACACAGAGGAAUGCUAACGUGCAAUCUGGAGGUCAACCUUCUGGGGGUGCAUAUGCUGAUGUAACACAGAGGCCUGAUUUUGAAGCCAAAGUAGCAAAGCUUGUUGAGCUGGGAUUUGCAAGAGAAAUGGUGAUUGAAGCUCUAAAAUUAUGUGAUGGCAAUGAAGAGCAGGCUGCUGGGAUUCUCUUCGGAGGCUAGACACGAUCUUCUAUUUCUUGUUCUUAGAAAUAAUAUUAUUGUUCUUCAGUUAUUCAAAACAUUUUACACUAUAUAAAUUCUGUACUUGGUAUGCAUUUUGAUUGGAGCUGUUUAUGCAAACUUAGUAUUGCAAUUCCAAAGAAAACUUGAGCUGCUCA